UGGUGCUGGCUGGUGCUGAUCUCCCCUCUUUCCCCUUUUUUUGUCUCCUUUAGGUCGGGGACCAUAAGUUCAGCGCUCACCGGAUCGUGCUGGCAGCUUCUAUCCCGUACUUCCAUGCCAUGUUCACCAACGACAUGAUGGAGUGCAAGCAGGAUGAGAUCGUCAUGCAAGGGAUGGACCCCAGCGCGCUCGAGGCUCUGAUCAACUUUGCCUACAACGGUCACCUGGCCAUAGACCAGCAGAACGUCCAGUCGCUGCUGAUGGGGGCGAGCUUCCUCCAGCUGCAGAACAUCAAGGACGCUUGCUGCACCUUCCUCAGAGAGAGGCUUCACCCGAAGAACUGCCUGGGCGUGCGGCAGUUUGCCGAGACCAUGAUGUGCGCCGUGCUCUACGACGCCGCCAACAGCUUCAUCCAUCAGCACUUCGUGGAGGUGUCCAUGUCCGAGGAGUUCCUGGCGCUGCCCUUCGAAGACGUCCUGGAGCUUGUUUCCAGGGACGAGCUCAACGUGAAGUCCGAGGAGCAGGUGUUUGAGGCCGCCUUAGCCUGGAUCCGCUACGACCGGGAGCAGAGGGAGCCCUUCCUGCCCGAGCUCCUGGCCAAAAUCCGCCUGCCCCUGUGCCGGCCGCAGUUCCUCGCUGACCGCGUGCAGCAGGACGACCUGGUGCGCUGCUGCCACAAGUGCAGGGAUCUGGUUGACGAGGCAAAAGAUUAUCACCUCAUGCCAGAGCGCCGGCCGCACCUCCCCGCGUUCAAGACCCGUCCUCGGUGCUGUACGUCGAUUGCGGGACUCAUUUAUGCCGUCGGAGGACUGAACUCAGCAGCAAAUUUUUACGCAGGCGACUCGCUGAACGUGGUGGAAGUCUUUGACCCCAUUGCCAACCGCUGGGAGAAGUGCCAGCCGAUGACGACGGCUCGGAGCCGGGUGGGCGUAGCCGUGGUGAACGGGCUGCUCUACGCCAUCGGCGGCUACGACGGGCAGCUGAGGCUGAGCACGGUGGAGGUUUACAACCCGGAGGUGGAUUCCUGGUCCAAAGUGGAAAGCAUGAACAGCAAGCGGAGCGCCAUGGGGACGGUGGUGCUGGAUGGCCAGAUCUACGUCUGCGGCGGAUACGACGGCAACUCCUCCCUCAGCUCCGUGGAGUCCUACUCACCAGAAACCAACAAGUGGACGGCGGUGACCCCCAUGAGCUCCAACCGCAGCGCCGCCGGAGUGACGGUGUUCGAGGGCAGGAUCUACGUGUCGGGAGGGCACGACGGCCUGCAGAUCUUCAACAGCGUGGAGUACUACAACCACCACACGGCCACCUGGCACCCGGUGGCCAGCAUGCUCAACAAGCGCUGCCGCCACGGCGCCGCCUCCCUGGGCAGCAAGAUGUUCGUCUGCGGGGGCUACGACGGCUCGGGCUUCCUCAGCAUCGCCGAGGUGUACAGCUCCGUGGCAGACCAGUGGUACCUGAUCGUCCCCAUGAACACCCGCAGGAGCCGCGUGUCCCUCGUGGCCAACUGCGGCCGCCUCUACGCCGUGGGGGGCUACGACGGACAGUCCAACCUCAGCUCGGUGGAAAUGUACGACCCGGAGACCAACCGCUGGACGUUCAUGGCUCCCAUGGUGUGCCACGAGGGGGGGGUCGGCGUGGGCUGCAUACCCCUCCUGACCAUCUGAGGAGGGAGUUUCGGGGCUGCCUUCGAAGGGACGAUCGGGGGCAGAGCUUCCGAGAGCGGCUUCCCGACGCGAUAGCCGGAGAAGCGCGUCUCCAGGUGCUCCGCUGUCACGCCCAAACACACCCACAACUUGACAAAAACCACCCCUACCCCCUCGGCUCUUGGACUGAGGCUCCAGAAAGAUCAAAUUAUUAAUUAUUAUUAUUAUUA